AUGGCUCCGCCUUACAGCAACGGCAAUGGCUACGCCUACAAGGGGUCCAAGAAGCCUGCAUCCGCGUCUGCAUCUCUCCCGUUCCAACAUUACUACAAUGACGACAGCUUCCGCGCCCGUUUGAGACCGUUGCUCGCGGCCCUACAACGACUACUGAGAACACUUUGGGCCUUUUGGCAAACCCGCGGCCGACGAUUGGCGACCGGCAUCAUGUGGCAGGCUGGCAGGCGGUUGAGACAGAACCUCACUGCGCGCCGCCUCCUGAGCUUCCCGCACCUGCUGGUGUGCCUCUGGGGCAUCGUGCUCCUUUGGGGCGAGGGCUGGGUCUUUCAGAGCCGAGUCGCAGAAUGCAAAUGGAGCAACUGGGAGAACUGGCCGGCCGGAUCGAGCCCACACCACCUCGUCUUCGUUGCUGACCCCCAAAUCACCGAUCCGAAAUCCUACCCCGGCCGUCCGUGGCCCUUGGAAGACCUGACGGUCCUCAUCACCGACAACUACAUCCGCAGAGGCUACAGGCAGCUCCAAUCGCAGCUACGACCUGACUCCCUCUUCUUUCUGGGCGACCUCUUCGACGGUGGCCGAGAGUGGAAGACUGCGCACAGCGACUUCAAGGACCCUCAAUGGGCUGUCAACCGACGACCGAAGAACGAGAAAGAUCACGUUAAGGGAUGGAACGAUAAUUAUGGCCAGAAAUACUGGUUGAAGGAAUAUGAGCGCUUUGGCGACAUCUUUUUUGGAAGCUGGGGGCUAGGCGGCUCCAGGGCCGGCGACUGGCAAAGGGGACGCAAGUUGGUGGCGAGCUUGCCAGGGAACCACGAUCUUGGCUUUGGAGACCAGGUGAAGGGCUCUGUGAGAGAUCGCUUCAACACGUACUUUGGGGACGUGAAUCGUGUCGAUGUCAUUGGCAACCACUCCAUCGUCUCCGUCGAUAGCUUGUCGCUGAGCGCCGUUUCGUCAAAGCAAGCCGAGGUCGAUUUGAAGGCGAUCCAUACACCUGCGGACGUAUUCCUGAAGGACGUCAAGUUUACCAAGAGAAAGGCCGUGGAGCGAGAGUUGCGCUUCUGGAGGGGCGAAGUGGAAGUUGAGCCCCUAGAUCAUAUCGUGGAGGAGCUGGAAACAGCAGACGCCAAGGUGCCGACUAUUGCGCCGGGAGAAGAAGGACCCGAUUUUCCUACGAUUCUUCUCACCCACGUUCCUCUAUACCGAGACCCGGGCACGCCUUGCGGACCGCUGCGAGAGCACUGGCCUCCUACGAAACCUCCAAAGGGGGAGCAAGCGCCUAUGAUGGACCACCGAAAUGCAAUUUCUGUCUCGGGCGGUUACCAAUACCAAAACGUGCUGAACGAGGACGAGUCUGUCAAGCUCGUGAAGAGCGUUGGCAACAUCGUUGGAGUGUUCUCCGGCGAUGACCACGACUACUGCGAAGUUGUCCACUCGGCAGAAAAGGACAACGUUCGCGAAAUCACCGUGAAGAGUAUGAGUAUGGCCAUGGGAGUGCCUACACCUGGCUUCCUCAUGGUCAGUUUGUACAACCCGAUUGACGCCAACGGCAAACCCCUUCCUGGCGCACCCAAAAAGACGUUGCAAACACACCUUUGCCUGCUUCCGAACCAGCUGGCGACAUACGCGAAGUAUGCCGGGCUUGCCUUUGUCACCAUCGUUGCGAUUAGCAUAAGAUCGUUCCUCGUGCCGGUCCUGAACUUGACACCCUUUGCUUUGCAUGACGAACAGCCGCAGGGCGCCAUAUUGCCGACCAUCAAGGACAAGGUCGAAGAUGAUGGCACUUACAGCAUGCACUCGACAUCAGCCUCUUCCGGAUCUCGAUUCCUUACCGGCCAGUCAUCCCGGACUAGGAGCGGAUCCAUCCGCUCCAACGGGGCUACUCCAGCACCGCCGCCAAGAACCAAGUUGAAGAAGCAAUGGGGAGCGCCACACCGGGCGCCGCGGAUCGAAAUUUUUGCAGAUGAGUAUGGAACUGGCAUGCCGCGUUUGACGUGGAAAGCGGCGUCUCAGCGGUCGAGGACGACAAUCGGGCGUGUCGCUCGCGAGAUCGGUGCCUCGACAUGGAGGGUUGUGUGGAUGGUUGUCUUGUUUUGGGCCUAUCUUGCAUAUAAGGGGUAG